AUGGCUCCUCCUUCUCAGCUCACCGUCGCGACCCUGGCCGUCACCCGUCUCCUCAAGGAGGAGAUCUCCUACGAGAAGGAGCUCAUCCAGCAGAAAGCUAAGGUCGCCACGCUGGAGGCCGAGAUCAAGGAAGGCAAGCCCGAUGAGGACGGCAACCGCGAGUACAUGCUGAAGCAGUUGAAGCUUGCGGCGGAGGAGACGGAAAAGGUCUUCCCUGCCCUGCGCACGCGGGUUGAGGACGCUACGGUCAAGCUCGAGGAGCAGAUCGCUCUGGCGGAGAGCGGCGGCGCCACGGAGGAGGAGCUGGCUACGGCCAAGCUGGCGCUGUCUAAGGGCAAGGAGGAGAAGACUUACACCGUCGACAUCCCCUCGGCUGAAGCUUCGGCUUGA